AUGGUUAAAUACACAGUAAUUGCUCGCGUUUCCGAUGGACUUCCCCUGGCAGCCUCGGUUGAAGAUGAUCAGAAUGGAGAAGCAGAGCUCGCAGACUACAAGAAUAAAGCUAAACUUCUCUUCAAGAAAAUGAAUGAGAAUUCUGAAGAGAGGUGUUCCAUCGAGUCAGGAAAUUAUUAUUUUCACUAUUUGAUCCAGCAAGGAGUAUGUUAUAUGACAAUUUGUGAACGGUCAUAUCCACGACAAUUUGCAUUUAGUUAUUUGGAAGAACUUGCGAAGGAAUUCUCAAUGAGUUAUGGGAAUGAGGUGGAAAAGAGGAAUUUAAGACCUUAUGCUUUUGUAAAAUUUGAUACUUUUAUGCAAAAGACUAAGAGAGUAUAUCAGAAUACACGAACACAACACAAUUUAGAUCGAUUAAAUACAGAAUUAAAUGAAGUGGCUAAUAUUAUGACAAAAAAUUUAGAGAAUGUCUUGUGGCGUGGAGAAGGAUUAGAAAAAAUGAGUUCGCUUUCAGAUCAACUUCGAUAUGAAUCUCAAAAAUAUAAGAAAUCUGCACGUGAUCUUAAUUUACAAUUACUUUUACGUAAAUAUGGACCAUUAGUAUUUAUUUUCAUUAUAAUUUUAUUGGUAUUAUAUUGGCGAUUUUGGUGGUAUUAA